GUAGAUCUCAUGAGGCAAAUCCACCUAGAUACCUGAAGUGAUGAAGGCCAUUUGCUCCCCAUAAUGAGAAGAGCCAUUUGAUACACACCUUUGAACCGGUUGGAAGCAGAAGCUGCAGUCCAGAAGAUGGCAAAGCCAGUUGAUUUCUCCGUUUUCAGCGUUCUGGUGACAGGAUCCAAUCGGGGGAUCGGUCUGGGUCUGGUGAAGAGGUUUCUGGAGCUACCCUGUCCUCCCAAAUGGGUCUUUGCUACAACCCUUGACCUGGAGGGAGAAGACAACAAGGAGUUAAGAGAGUUGGCUUGCAAAUGUCCGAAUCUAGUGGUCUUGCAAUUAGAUGUUACUAAACUUGAAAGCAUCCAGGCCACUCUGAAAGAAGUGCAGAAGUGUGUUGGAGAAGGUGGGCUGACCAUCCUGUACAACAAUGCUGGCACUUCGGCCUUCAACGAUCUGCAAACAGAAAAUGCCAAAGAUAUGAUGAGAGUUUAUUCUGUCAAUACCAUUGGUCCACUACAAAUGAGUCAGGCCUUCCUACCCUUGCUGAAGAAGGCAGCCCGGAGAAGCCCAUGUCAAGGGCUGAGUAGCAGCAAGGCGGCUGUUAUUAACAUGUCCAGCAUUGGAGGCUCAAUUGAACUUGUGGCUUUUUGGGACCAAUAUCAAGUCAUUGGAUACCGCUGUGCUAAGGCUGCUCUAAAUAUGCUUACCAAGUGCCAGUCUCUUGAGUAUCCAGCUGACGGCAUUAUGACUGUUGCCAUCCAUCCUGGAGUAGUCAAAACUGCUCACAACCCAGUUUGGGAAAUCAGCAUGGAAGAGAGCACGCGGGGCAUCAUGACGGUGCUGUCCAAGCUCCGUGAAGAAGACAAUGGGACCUUUCUGGAUUGGUUGGGUCGCCCAGUUCCCUGGUGAUCCACCAGUCUCUCCUUAAUGUCAUUGACUCAUAAUAAAGUGAGAAGCAAUAAAUAAAUCACUGAAUGUCAUGAAAAUCUUGAUUUUGUUUUCUCUUUCUUUCAGAAGCUUUUAUUUAAAAAAAAAAUAACCAAUAUUCUUCAUGUCUCAUAUGCAAUGUGAGAGGAUGAGGA